AUGAAGUUGCUUGUGAUUGCGCUGCUGUCUUUGGUAGCCAUGGUGUCCCCGAUGCCAUCCGUCGUGAUGAGGGCAGAGAGGAUGAUCUAUUCCCUCUUCAGGAAUGCCCUUUCUGCAGAGAGGGCGGCCCCCUGUGAGGAACAGGAGUGUAAGGGAACCAUUCUUAAGGAGGCGGAAGAGCUCGGGCUAACGGAUUUCGUGAAGUACAUGGAUGAAGCCAAACUUACCACAGACCUUUCAAAACCUGGGCACAUAACCGUGUUCGCCCCAACGAACGAAGCGAUCAACACUCUCCCAGGAUACGUGAAAAAGGUGCUCGAUAAGAAGACCGCCGUGGAGCGAAUUAUGAAAUACCACGUCGUAGAGGAAGACCUGAGCAAGUCACAAAUGGAAAACGAAGCCUUGAUUGCAACUUUAUUAGGCGGAGAAGCAAAGAUCAGAUUCAACGUUUAUAAGGAUGGAAAAGUGAUCACAGCCUCGGGUGCACCAAUCAUCCUGCCGGAGACCAAGGCUACCAAUGGUGUCUUGUUUAAGGUCGAUGGCCUCUUGGAACCACCAUGUGGGACAAUCGCCAAGUGCUUGAAGGAGUGUCCAGUGUUUAAGAAACUCACAGAGGCUAUGGAGAAAGUCAACAUGGAAGAAAUGCUAAACAGUCAAGGUCCGUUCACUUUCUUUGCACCAUCGGAUAAGGCCUUCGAGAAGAUUCCUAAGGAAACUUUAGACCGCCUCAUGUCCAACACAACGGCAUUGAAAGAGCUACUAAUGUACCACGUAGUAUCGGGCACCUAUUACACAGCUGGCUGGACCGACAACGACGAGCUAACCACCAAAAGUGGCAAACCCAUUACAGUCAAAGAGGGAGAAGGUAAUUCCUACGUCUAUUGA